AUGACUGAGAGAAGGAGUGCGAGAGUGGCUGCCCAGGUCGCUGCACGGCUUGAAGCUGAGAAGCCCAAGGCGAAGCCUGAACCCCCCACAAAGCGGGGAAAGGUCAAGGUGGAGAAUGCUGAGGAUCAGGGCAAGAAAAGGGCUGACUCUGUGAAGCCCAAGGCGAAACCUACUAAGAAAAAGGCUAAAAAAGAAGAGGCGAUAGUGAGGCCCCCUGUGGACGAGCACUGCCCUAAGGCAGAUGAGUAUAGAGUGUAUGUUGAUGGUGAAGGUGUAGUCUGGCAUGCUCUGCUCAACCAGACGAAUUUACGGCAAAAUAACAAUAAGUAUUUCAAGUUGCAACUACUAGAAGAUGUGCAGACGCCGGGCCACUGCAUAGCGUGGUUUCGGUGGGGGCGGGUCGGCUAUACUGGCCAGAUGACCAGUAAAGGAGAUGACUUGAGCACGGCUAAGCAGGCCUUUGAGCAGAAAUUUUCCGAUAAGACUGUGAACGAUUGGCACGCUGUAGCGACUGGUGAGGUGCCGUUCAGCCCUAGAGCUAACAAGUAUACUUAUGUGAAGCAGGAUUUCUCGGGAGGACCUGUGGAGAAGCAAGAGGUGGAGAAAGUGAAAGCGGACGUCAAGGUCGAGGAUACUAAGCUGGAUGAGCAGCUGUAUGGUCUGAUAAAGAUGAUAUGCGAUCGCCAGUUGAUGGUGGACCAUAUGAGGGCCUCGGGUGUGGAUGUUAACAAAAUGCCCUUGGGGAAAAUCUCGGAGGAUAUGAUCAAGGCUGGCUAUGAGGCGUUGCAAGCCAUCGAGGAGGAGCUGAGGAAACCCAAACCGAGUCGGUCUCAUCUAUUGGACCUCAGCGGUCGCUUCUACACAGUUGUGCCGCACGACUUUGGAUUCAAAAAAAUGUAUUACUUCAUCAUUGACUCGGAGGAAGUGCUCAAGCAGAAGAUGCAACUACUGGAGGACUUGCAGGAUAUGGGCAAGGCUAGUGAGGAGGAUGUGCUUAUUCCGAAUCCCGUUGACAUGCAGUAUCAAAGGCUUCAUUGCGACCUGGAGGCGCUUACGCCCGAGGACGAAGAAUUCAAAAUGAUAGAGAAGUAUAUGCUCAAUACUCAUGCAUCCACACACAACGACUUCACGGCCAAGCCAUCGGCGAUAUUCAGAGCUUGCAAGGCGAGUGAGGAGGAUGAGUGGAGUAAAGACUGUCCCAAAGAGGCGAGGAAGGACCGUAUGCUGCUGUGGCAUGGUUCACGACUUACCAAUUGGUGUGGUAUCCUGAGCAGUGGUCUCCGCAUUGCACCUCCUGAGGCGCCAGUGACGGGCUAUAUGUUUGGCAAGGGCCUGUACUUUGCCGACUCCUUUAGCAAGAGCGCCAACUACUGCUUCGCCACGCAGAAGAACAAUAGAGGGUUGAUGCUUUUAUGUGAAGUAGCCCUGGGUCGCUCUCGUGAAUAUACCGAAGCAGACGGGCGGGCAGCUUCCAAACUUGGGAAGGGAAAGAAGGCAUUCUAUUCCACCAAGGGCGUUGGUCGAAGCGGCCCCGAUCCGGAGGAGAUGCUGGUUAUGAAGGACGGCCUCAAGGUCCCUCUGGGUAAGAUGAUCGAGCUAGUAUCGGGAGAGAAGGAGAAGCAGUUGUCGCUUCUUUACAACGAGUACAUUGUGUAUAGUACGUGCCAAGUGAGGAUGAAAUACCUCGUGGAGGUCGACUUCACAUUCAACGACGGCAGCAUGUGGUGA